UAUUAUUGUCUUAGUUUUAGUCAACUAUAACCCUGCCAUGCGUGCACGUACAGGACGGGACACCCAGAUGAGUUCCAGCAUGUCUCCUGGUGCUCCUGCUGAGAUUAACAUGCAGAGCACAGAACUCACCGGGACUCACAAACAAACUUGAAAGGAGCUGAAAGAGAGACGUGGGGGGAAUCCUGGAGUGAAAAUCAAUGCAGCAAGACGGAGAUGUUGCAAGCCAAAAAGAGUGAAACAGAAGGUUGGGAGGCCGGCAGACGGGUGAGGGGGUGUACAGAGGGAGGGACUUCAGUGGCAAGAAAAAAGGGAAGGCGACAGUGAAGAAUGCAUUAGACUGAGAGGAAAUAAACCAGAAGCCUGCUGGAGAGAAGAUCUCAUUCAAGACUUGAGCAGAAACCAUUCAGACUGCUUUCAAACAGGCUCAAGAUGUUGCUGGUGUCACCCGUCAUGUUUUUCCUCCUCCUCUGUGUGAUGGAGUCCGUCUACACCACAUCUGUCAGUCCGUCACUGCAUCAGCCUCCUCUCACACGUGUUCGCAUUAUCGAAGUCGAGGAUGACUAUGAUGAAGAAAGUUCAAAGACGACGCUGUCGCCCCAGUCGCCAGGGGUCACGACCUCUCGUGUGAUCCGUCGACCUUGUGAUUACGACCCCUGUGCAGUCCAGCUCACCCCUUGUGAAAAGGUUUCAGCCCAGAUUGGCUGCCUCUGUCCUGGGUUGACGGGGCCGGAGAAGAGACCCGAGGCUCCUAAGCUCCAGGAGGUGAAGCUGGACGGAUCCGGCGAAGUGUUUGUGCAUUGGUGUGCUCCUCGCUCCACCGUCACCUAUUAUGAAGUCACACUGAAAGAUGCAAACAAGCAGCUGGUUUUUGGUGAAUAUUUAAGAAAUGGUGCCGUACCCGGGCUGAAAGUCGGGGAGACGGUGUGUGUGGCGGCUGGGAAUGCAGUGGGACUCAGCGAGACGUCGUGUGCACGGUAUGAGCCACCGCAACCUGACCAGGUGGCUCUGAGCGCAGGGAUCAUCGCAGGGAGCGUCGGCUUCCUGCUGCUGCUUUCAGCGCUCGUCGUUAUACUGUGGAGACGAAGGACGUGUCGAAAAGGCAGGAUGGGAGACGCCGAGGGCCUUGGAAAUCCUUCAUACACCAAUGAUGGACCGCUUUGAUGGUAAAAACAAAUGCAUGAAGAAUGAAACAAGCUGCAAAGAGACUGAGUUUUGAACAAGUGCGCUAUUGGUCAAAAGACUGAAAUAAUACAGAUUUUUUUAUGUUUUGGAAAAAAAAUAUCUUCUGCUCACCAAGGCUGCAUUUGUUUGAUCUAAAAUGCAGCAAAAAAAAAUAUUUAAAAAAAAUAUUACAAUUUUAAAUAAUUUUCUAUUUAAAUAUAUUGUAAAAUGUCAUUUAUUCCUUUGAUGUAAAGCCACAUUUUCAGCAUCAUUACUUCAGUCUCCAGUGUCACAUGAUUCUUCAGAAAUCAUUAUAAUAUGCUGAUUUGCUGCUCAAGAAACAUUUCUGAUUAUCAUCAAUGUUGAAACCAGUUGUGCUGCUUCAUAUUUAUGUGGAAACCAUGAUACAUUAGAUUUCAUAUAUAUAUAUAUAUAUAUAUAUAUAUAUAUAUAUAUAUAUAUAUAUAUAUAUAUAUAUAUAUAUAUAUAGAAUAGAAAAUCUAAAUUAUUCCAAACUUUUGACCUGCGUGCAGUGUAUAUAGUGUUAUUGUGCACCUGACUGAAAAUAAUGCCCUCUGUUUUAGGUUCACUACUAAACUGCUGUGUUUGGUUCUGAAUGAUUUUUAUCAUGAGAUUGUGAGUGGUUUGAAUGUUUAAAGUCAGCAUGGAAUCAGAUUUGUUUACUUCCAUAAUUCAUAUUAGUGCUCUUAAUGUGAACGAUUAAUUAGUGCAAAUUAGUCCAACAAAAAUAAUAUUUGCAUCUGCAAAUCUCUCAUCUCAUCAGUCCCUGAUGGACAAAAUCAUUCCUGUGGUUCAUUUAAUUAUUUGCACAUUAAAUUAUUAAAGCAGCAUGUGUUUUUGGUAAUUUUAUGCUGACUUUAGCACUACUAACGGCUCUAGGAAGCCUGGAGCUUCAUUAAGCUAGACAGGGUUUUACGAGGUGUCUGUUGUACAGCUACUUAGAGUAUGUGUAACUAUUAUUUUAAAAAUGAUUGAUAAUGUCUUAACAAUAAAGAUGCAUUUACUUGA